UUAAGCAGCAACGCUGCUGCAAACAUACUUCUCGAAAAUCAGCGGAAUCUAGUGGUUCUUUUGGCCUGGAUACAAGGUAUCAUUUUAUGCGCAUUAUCGCCUCUGAUCACCUUCGGGAAUGCGUUCGUGGUUUAUGCAGUAUGGAGAGAUCCACUGAAGAACUUGCGCUCAUCACCUUCGAAUUUCAUUCUACAAUCGAUGGCAGUGGCCGAUUUACUUGUUGGCGUGGUCUUGUCUCCGCUCAACGCAUACUUGCUUUUGAAAAUAGCCAUUGACAAAAGGAUCGCGCUUCCAUUACAUAUUACAUACUCUCUUGGCACUACCCUAGUAGGAGCAUCGCUCGCACAUCUUAUGCUUUUGUCUAUAGACAGAUUUUGCGCAGUUGUAACGCCUCUGAGAUACAAAGCCAUCAUUACCUAUCGACGCGUUCACCAGGCACUUGUUUUAGUUUGGUGUUACUUCAUCUGCUUUGGAAUCGCAGCCUUCUUGUUUGAAAACAAAGUUUUGAUAGUUGGCCUUGUAUUUGGGAUUCACACGGCCUUUCUUCUAGAUCUCACU